GAAAUAAUAGGUGGUAGUAAGAGAGGUUAUCGCAUGUUUGCUUCACGCAAACAACUAAAUGUCGUGUGUUAACCCCCUCCUCCUCCUUCCCCUUUGCUCCUUCGCGUGGCUUUAAAGACUUCUUCUAUAUCCUUUCAAAAUCCCUCUCAUUAAAUAUACUCUAACCCCACCAAACCCGACAAUUUUCAUCUCUCUUUCUCUCUCAAACACCUCAAUCAUAUUCUCAUCAUCAUCAUCUUCCUCUAAACCCUAAUCUUCUGAUUCCUGUCUCAGAAGAUCAAUCAUUGUUCCCCGUUAAAGAUGAGUACGAGCUCCACCAGUAACGUUACUGGUAGUGUUGGUGGAGGAGGAGGAGGAUGCGGUGGGGGAGGAGGAGGUGGUGGUGGUAGCGGCGGCGGUGGAGGGCCGUGCGGUGCCUGCAAGUUUCUGAGAAGGAAGUGCGUGCCGGGGUGUAUCUUCGCGCCGUACUUCGACUCCGAGCAAGGCGCGACGCACUUCGCGGCGGUGCACAGGGUGUUCGGAGCAAGCAACGUGUCGAAGCUGCUUCUGAAUAUUCCGGUGCACAAGCGGCUGGACGCGGUGGUGACGAUUUGCUUCGAGGCUCAGGCUCGGCUGAGAGAUCCUGUGUAUGGAUGUGUCGCCAACAUCUUCGCUCUUCAGCAACAGGUUGUGAGCCUACAAGCAGAACUUUCAUACUUGCAAGGUCACCUUGCUACAUUAGAGCUGCCCCAACCACCACCUCCUCCACUACCACAAGCAACACCGACGCCAACAACUCUCUCAAUCGGUAACGUCCCGUCCGGCAUAGCCACUUCUCUUCCGGUAACAUAUGAUUUAUCUUCUCUCUUUGAUCCGAUGGCCCAAAGUCCUUGGCCCUUGCCACACCGGCCCAUGGAUUCCCACCAAUUUGGAUCUAGUGGCUUACCGAUAAUAGGCCGUGGUAGUGGUAGUGGUAGUAGUAGCGGUAGCGGUGAUCUUCAUGCCCUAGCAAGAGAACUGCUCAACAGACAUGGAUCUCCUCCAUCUUCAGCACCCAUGGCUUGCUCCAAAGCUUCAUCUUCAUCACCAUCAUCACUUUCCAAAUGAUGAUAUUCUGAUUCCAACAAACCAAUCUUGGUCUCCUUAGGAAAAAGGAUUUUUAUAUAAUUUCUUAAAAGGAAUUCAAAUUAGCCGGUAAUUAUAAUAACUGUUCUUUAAAUCUUUUUUCUUUUCUAAAUCCCAGUCCCCUUUUUGAGCUAAGUACUAAUUAAUGAACUUAUAUUAUAAUGUAGCCCUCCAU